UUUAAAGUUGCUUGCGGGCGACCUACUACCAGGACAGUGCGGAGACACUCUCUUAGAUCUGGCCGCCACUCUUCUCAGUGCCACCCAGUGUGACCUUAGCAAUGACAUCAUCUCCUGUCUGAUUAGCUCAGUGUUUGGAAGCAGCUACUCACAGUCCCAGGUUUUAGGAUUCAGCCAGCAGCUUUUUUCCAUGUGCUCAUUUGAAAAGGAUGUAUUGCAUCCGUUACUGCAUUUCUGCCAUGCUGGGAUCAGCCGCAAGACUCCCUCAUCCAAUCAAGCCAUCUUGUACACACUUUGUAGCCUGGUACUCCAUAAACAGUCUCCAAUAACCGAUGGGUCAGUCCUGGAGAGUCAUGCACUGUACAUCUUAGAUUUCAGCCUUGACGUUUAUAAAAGCCAAUCCAAAAGCAAAAAGAGUAAGAGGCAGCUAAGUAGCUUCCCAGAAUACCUCCUGUCUCUCCUUGACUGCAACCCCGACUCAUUGGGUCAGGACAACAUGGUGUCCGUGCUUUGGGCUGCCCUCGUGUGUCUACCAAAUGUCAGACCUCUUGAUAAUGAAAAAGUUAUUGCCAAGUUGAAGGGCCUGAUAACGACAUUAUGGGAUGUUGCCGAAAGCCAGAAAGAUGACACUGUCAAAGAUAUGCUGUUGUAUCUGCUUUCCACUGCUGUGUGUACACUGCUGCAGUGUGGCCAGAGUGAACCAACACCAGCUUUAAUACAGGAACACUUUGUUUGGAAUAUACUGAGAGCAACCCCCACAUCUGCACAUGUUCUUCUGAUAGGAGACCUGUACAUCACACAGCUCGUCAGAGGCAGGGAGGACAGUGUUCUCUGUGCAGAGACACUCCAGCUCAUCUUCCCAGCGCUGCAACCCAAUCUAUCUGCUCCUUACAAGAAGGUUCGGAUGUUGACCCUGAGGAUUUUAUCUCACUUCCCAGUUGAACUCCCUAGCAUUCCAGAUUUGCCCACUCGUCAGGUUUGUGUGUUCCAGCUUUGCCUUGAGGCGGAGCUAGUGCCUGCGACGGUUGAAGACUACCGAGAAAAGCAGAAGCUACUGCAGAAGUUGAGCUACGAUGCCGUGCAGCCAAAUGUACCCAUUGGAAACUACAAAGAGGUUGCCUUGAGGUAUCUCAUUGGAUUGCUGUACAUAAACUUUCAGUUGCUAUGGCAGCCCAUCAUGGAACUUAUAAAAUCUCAUGCUUAUGGCAUGGACAAGAAAAGCUUCUGGUCUGUCUACAGCGACCACUUGCUGAAAGUGGCUACGUUACUCGAGACCUCACAAACAAAGACGACAACAAACCCGGGCCUGAAUGAUUCUUUGGAAGAUCUGAGUCCAAAUGUGCCCGAUCUGGCGGCGUUGUUCAGGAAGAUGCAGGUCGAGAAUGUCACGGGUGCCGAUCGGCCAGACCACUGGAAUGUCCGGCAGCUGAUGUGGAAGGCGAUGGCACUGUUUGCCGAUCGGGCUGAGGGCCGGUCGCGGGAGCUUGUACCUCUAGUCUUCCGAUUUAUUGAAAAUGAGUACCACCCAUCAAAUGUCAACAAUGCCCCGACCCAGGACAUCAGAGUGAGGACUUGCCAGGAUGUCAGCGUGGAUCAGACUGAGGACAGUGGGGAAACCGAGGAAGAUCUGUGGGCAGAGAGUCAGGAUGGGGAGGAAAAGGAGGACACUGAACGAACUCCGAAACUUGUUGGAAAGAGGACGAAACAGAAUAAGGCCAAAGGCUCUGUGUCUAGGGCAUUGGUAACCCACCUUCAGCUCUUCAGCCGAUUCAAAGAUCCCAAAUCGAUGUAUAAAGAACCUCAGCUACGAAAGCUGUACUUUGAUUUACUGUCAAAUAAUUUCCCAGACAUCCAGAAAGUGGUCUUGUCCUGCCUGAUGACCUACAACCACCCAUACCUGACCCCCUACCGGGACAGUCUAGAUGCACUCAUGGAGGACAACAAGUUCCGUGAGACGCUCGUCCAGUUCAGCAUUGAUGAAACGACUGGAGUAGUGGCAGCCAAUCACAGGGAGGGACUGUUGCCCAUUCUGCUGAGGCUUCUUUACGGAAAGAUGAUGAGCAAGACAGGGCCUGGCACCCAGGGCAAGAGUGGGGGUGCUGUUCGCCGGUCCACCAUCCUGCGUUUCAUCGCCGGCUCCUCAUCCAAUGAGUUGAGUGUGUUCCUGGACCUUGUCCUGGAGCCGUGCCGACAAGUCCUGAAAGAUGAUUGCUACACCACGAUGACUGAGUAUCUGGAUUCCUUAAGCCCCUCCACUGUGAUCCCCUUGAAGAAGCAGCAAAGUAUGCUGGACACUAUCGGAGUCAUCUUCAGCAAGUUGGGUCACCGAAUAGCACCGUUUGCCACCAGCAUCCUCCAUCUUGUUACAACCCUGCUGGCCAGCUACGCCAAGCUGCUUGACCAGCGGAGCCAGAUUCAGACCUACGCGGUUGGCCAGCUGAAGAGACUUCGUCAGCUAGCCCUCCUGCGAUUGGCUGAAUUCUUUAGUGUCUUUGAGCAUCAUCCUCUCUCGGCUAGUGAGAUCGACUGUAUCUUUGAGGCGGCUGUGUGGCCUCAGAUUGACAGCUUGGCCAAUGAGUGUCUUGCAAGUCCAACCCCUCUGCUGAAACUGAUUUUUGUCUGGAGCAAAUAUUCCAGAUUCCACCCACUCUUGGCCAAGCAUCACCCCACCAAACCAAGUUGCACCAUCCUCCCGAGCGUCACCUCACUCCUCUCAGCAUCCACGGUCUCUGCCUCGGUCGUCAACGUGGUGAUGGAGAUUGUGGAACACCUCCUCCUGGAGGAGGAGUCAGGGAUGGAAGACGGAGAAGAGGUUGAUGACCUGGAGGUCAAUGACCUCAUUGACGUUGCGAUAGAGAGCAAACAGUUUGCAGAUCCACCCAGCUUUGGGACUAAGUUGCUCUUUCCCCAUGUACCAGCCAUCUUGCAGUACCUCAGCUCCUCCGUCCAUCGGUGCACUCACACGAAGGAAGACAGGAGAGGCCUGCCUAUGAAGGACCUCAACAUCUUGUCAAAGAUAAGCCUGUACAUCAGUGAUCCUGAGCAGAGUACCGUGUUGGUUAGCCUUCUCCUGCCAUUCUUGAGGAGAACCAGUGAAAAACAUGAGACAACUGAACUGGACAUCCUGCAUACAGUCAGGAAUGUCAUCAAGCUUUGUCGGAAUCCUUCAGAUUUCUUAGGACCCCUGUCGUUGCUGUUCUACCGCCUGACUUUCCGGCAGUCCAGAGCUGCUCUGUGUGAAGUCUUUGCCGCGAUGGCGCAGAAUGACCCAACUCUGGGGGAGGUCGCCCGUCUGAUGAAGCAGUUGAACUCCUGGGAUCGAAAGCAUGUGGAGGAGCCUGACUACGCCUACCGACUGGCCGGAUUCAAACUGGCCAAUGAGCGGCUGGUUGCCAUGGAGACGAUCAACAUGGCCUUUGUGACGCCAAUCAUAUACAACUGUUUCUACAUGAUAAUGAAGAUUGAUGACUUGUCCAUGCGAGACAACUCGGUCCAUUUUUUGAAGGAACUCUUGCAGAAGCUGGCGACCGUACCACCAAACAGCCAGCAUUUCAACGGCAUCGUCUUCCACAAAUAUGCCCCAGCAAUCAGGGAUGCAUUGAGGUUAAAAGCAGAGAAUGCCAGGCAUGAGAUGAUUGGUCUGUUGUCCGACAUCGUUCGUCUGUUCCCUGAUCAUCCACAGUUCCAGUGUAUGACCGUUCUACACGAUACAGAUGUAGAGAAGGACUUCUUUGAGAACAUUAGGCAUAUACAGCACCAUCGACGGAUGCGCGCCCUGCGACACCUGGCCCUCCACGCCCGGCAGGGCGACCUCGCUUACAGCGCCCUCUACCAGUUCUUGUUGCCCAUGGCGACGGCCCUCAUCUUUGACCAGGUGCUGGCGGCCAAGAAUCCCAACCUGGUCAUCGAGGCCAUCGGUGCAGUAGGGGCCAUUGCUGGGCAGUUGCCAUGGCGAUGCUACUACCUGAUCCUGCAGCAGUAUUUACGGCUCAUUAUGCGCAGCUUGGAUCAACAAAAGACAGCUGUGAGGUUAGUUGUUGCUGUUCUGGAUGGCUUUCAUUUUGACUUAUCUCUCUCUGAAGGAGUAGAGUCUGUGCAGGUUGGGAAAACAUCCACCAAGCCUGAAAAUGAGUCGUCUGAAGGCUCUGAAACGGUUGACAAGAAAUCUUGUGAUGAGCACAGUGAUGACGAAGAUGAAAAUACAGAACCAGGAGAUGAGAAAGACACUGAAGAGGAUGAAGAGGGUGAGAAUGAAGACGUAGAGGAGCAGGUUAGCCAUGGAGAUGACAGCGAAUGCAAGAGUGAGGUUUCCCUGGCAACCAAGAUUCACCGCAUCAUUGUUGCCAGCAUCCUGCCGAAGCUACACAAGACUCUCACUAAGAAGGUCACAAGUGAGGAGCACCACAAGAAGGCCAGGCCCAGCCUGGCAGAGGACGAGGAGGUCCUGCGGGUGCCCAUCGCCCUGGCCAUGGUCAAGCUCCUGCAGGCCUUGCCCAGCCAGACCCUCCACGCCAAUCUGCCGGGCAUCCUGCUCAAGGUCUGCCAGAUGCUCAAGAGCCGGGCCAAGGACGUGCGGGAUGUCAGCCGCGACACACUGGUCAAGAUCCUGGCCUCGUUGGGUGUCGGCUACUUCCCGUUCAUCCUGAAGGAGCUGCGCCACGCCCUGACAAGGGGCUAUCAGCUCCACGUUCUGAGUUUCACCUUGCACGCCCUCCUCCAUAGCGCCUUGCCAACGCUCAAACCGGGGGAUCUAGACACCAGCAUGGACUCAGUGAUCGAGGUAAUCAACAAGGAGCUCUUUGGCAAUGUUGCUGAUGAGAAGGAAGUGGAAGGCAUUGUGGGUAAACUGCCGGAAGCUCGCAGCAUCAAGGGAUACGACUGCUAUGAGAUGAUAGCCAAGGUCGUAGGUCAGAGUUCACUGACCAGGCUUUUGAUCCCAUUGAAAGAGAUUCUUGAGACGAACCAGAGUCACAAGGUUGUCCGUAAGGCUACGGAUGUCCUCAGACACGUUACCAUGGGCCUGAUAGCUAAUCCAGGGAUCCCUGUUGACGCCAUGUUGAUCUACAUUCAUGGACUUGCAACAGAGACGAUUCCCUUCCUCAACCCCAGCGACAGUGACAGGGUAGGUUCACAACCCCCGCCCGACCCGCGCACUAGCCCAGCCAGCUGUUAUCUCCUCCUUCCCACCCCCAAGAGGGGCGGGUUAAUGCCCAAAGUCAGCAAGAAGACCAACAUGCACCUGAUUGUGGAGUUUGGACUGCAGUUGUUGAACAUGAAUCUGAAGCGGUCCAAGUUGUCUCCUUCCAACCAGCAACACCUCCAGAUGUUGGAUCCAUUCAUCCGAAUCCUCAUGGACUCACUCACUUCCAAAUUCACCAAGGUGACUGUAGUGGCCCUUCGGUGUGUCACUUGGAUGUUGCGAUAUCCGCUGCCCUCAAUCAGCAGAAAUGCAACCAGACUGACGAAGAUACUCUUCAAAAUCCUUCACACCCACGCCACGGCCGGAGCAGCAAAAGGAGCUAACUUUGACAUCGUUGUCAACUGCUUCAAGGCUGUCACAGUUCUGGUCCGCGACGUCAAGCAACAUACCAUCGAUGAGAAACAGCUUCAAGUUCUCCUGACAUACGCUGAAGAAGACAUGCACGACCACACCAGGCAAGCGACGGCGUUUGGUCUUCUCAAGGCAAUCCUAUCCAGGAAGUUGAUAGUGCCUGAGAUGCACGGUGUCAUGAAGAAAGUCGCCAAGCUGUCCAUUAUGUCAGAGAGUCCCUCAGUCAGGUUACAAUGCAGACAGGUUGUGCUGAAUUUCCUCCUAGACUACCCUCUGGGCAGCCAGCUGGAACAUUACCUGCAGUUCUUUGUCAUCCAGCUGAACUUUGACCUUGAGACAGGUCGCGAGUCCACCCUGGAGAUGCUCGCCACUAUCUUCUCAUCCUUUCCGCAGAAAACUUUGGAGACAUAUGCCGGGAUGUUUUUUAUUCCCAUGGCAACAAGACUUAUCAACGAUGACUCUGCUAAAUGUCGCAAGAUCACUGCUCUGGCCAUCAAGUCACUGCUGCAGAAGUUGCGGGUGGAUAAGAGAGACGAGCUGUUCACCAUGGCAAGGCACUGGUUACAAGACGACAAGCCAGCCCACCGGCGCCUAGCCUCACAGCUUUGCGGCAUCUUUGUGGAUGCCGAGGAGAAGGGCUUCCAGCGGCGACUGGACGGUAUGCUGCCCCAGAUUGAGAAGCUGGUCCGACCAGAUGAACUGCAGAAGGAUGGCAUCUCCGAAAUGGAGACAGAAGAAGUAUCCUUGGAGGAGAGGCAUGCAGACCACAUGCUGUUCAACGUGCUUUCAGCUCUGGCCAAGAUGAUCAAGCAUUGUUCAGUUAUCGGCAACAAGGCAUACACGGAGACCAUGAAUGCAAUCUGGGACUCCAUCCAAUCUCACCUUCUCCACCCCCACGCUUGGGUGCGUCUGGUCUCGGCCCAGCUCUUUGGCGACCUGUUUGCCUCUAAGCAGCCAAACAACAUCGCCGGGGCCAUGCUGAAAGCUGCGUCUGAUACGCAGACCGACCACUCCCCAGUCAGUGAGAAACAAACUCCCAAAAGGACGAAACGCAAGAGGAAGGCGGAGGAGACAGAGGAAGAAAGGAGUGGAGCUAAAGGUAGAAUAGGGGCGUUGGAGUACCCACUGAACCACGGACAGGAUGUUGUGAGGGAGCUGGUGUUCAGAUUUUGCAGGCAGCUUCAUUCGACCUUGCUGAAUAAGGAUCUAGGAGAUCAGGUUGUGAGAAAUCUGGUUUUCCUCGGCAAAGUCAUCCGUUGUUUGCAUCCUGAGGACAGUGAGAAUCAAACAGAGGAGAGUUCAGACAGCGGAGACGAAGAGGAGAACAACAUCAGUGAGGGAACUUCCAAGAUCCCUGAGGAGUCGGUGGGCACUGGCAAAGAGAAGAACAGAACUGGAAGUCAAGUCGUCACAGACCUGACCUGGAUCACGAAGAAGGUGUGCCGGAUAGCUGCCUGGGAGGCGGCCAAGACCCCCAAACAGACGCUGAGGCGGACCUGCACGGUUAAGUGGCUGGCGGCCAUGUCGGUGGAUGUUGGAGGGGAGCAGUUGCCGCGCUAUCUGCAGCUGAUACUGAAGCCCAUGUGCCGGGAGAUAGGUGAUCAGAAGUCACACACAGACAACGAUCUCCGUCUGCUCUGCCAGGAGGCUCUGGACCUCAUCAAGGGCCUAGUGGGACUGGAGACUUUCUCCCAUGCUUAUACAAACGUCCAGCGAGUCAUCGCACAGACCAGAAUCCAACGCAAACACAAGAGGGCGCUACAGGCGGUUGCAGAUCCUGUCCAGGCAGCCCGACGAAAAGAGAAGAAACAGCAAAACAAGAAAGUGGCCAAGAAACGAAGAAUCCAGCAGCUGAGACCAACCUACCAGAUGGCGAAGAAGGCAAAAAUUGCAGGGGGAAUGUAGACUCCAUCCCACAGCAGGCAGUCUUCCUGGAUUACAGUACGUUUCCUCAACAGCAAAGUGAGUCAAGGGUACCUAAACUCCAUCCUUUGGCAGAUGCUCUGGCUUGCAACAGGUUUUGGACUCUUACAUGGUGUAUAUAACCUACAGAGAGCUCAGACUCCAUCCCACAGCAGGUAAUUUGGCUGGCUUCUAAUCACAGUAUUUGCUUCAGUAUAUGUUGACCACCAUUUCUGGACAGUAACUCGAGGAUGCUUAGACUCCAUCCUGUCUAGAACACCAUGCCUGGUCCACAUAACCCACAGUAUGAUUUGUCUCUAGCAGAAUCUUUAUCCCUCCCUUCACUGCCAAGUGUUAACUUUGGAACCAGGUAAUAAAUACUCCAAACUUUGACCGUAUUUUACAUGGGUUGGAUUUUCUGACGGGAAAUGAAGCCAUAGGUUUCAAGUUUGGGGAAUGAAGGUCAAGACAUUAUACCCGAAAAGCAAAGCCAGUGACAGAGGAAGAAGUUUGGGAGGCCUCCCCCCCCAGUUUUUAGUAGACCAAUAACAGGCUCAUUGCAUGGUCUGUGGAUUCUCUUUGCAUCAAAAAAGGGAAUUUUGAGCACGAGUAUGUUAUAGGUUGCUCCCAGAUAUGUUUGAUUAUUCAGCCAUUGAUGAAAAUGAAGUGGGGUAUUUCUGUGGGGUUUUACUUGGAACACAAGAGUAAGUAUAUAUGGGACAGAAUACCGUUUCCCUUCCUCGGCCGCCACUGGGUAGUUUGGAGCAAAAGUAAUUUUUUUGUGGGCAGUUUUGAUAGAAUUUCAAGGUAAACCUCUUCUCACUAUGUCAAAUUUUGACUCUUUGAUUCGGUAACAUAUUUUCUUUAAGAGCUGCACAAAAGGGCCCUGUGAGUGUAUUGCUUUGCCGUUUUUAAACUCAUUCUACUAGCGGCCAUGUCUGUGAAUUUGUAAAGGAAUUUGUGAAAAGAAGUUUUUCCCCCAAAUUCUUACAAAGUUUCGACAUAAAACUCUGAUUUAUGAAGUGUUUGCUCAGACUUGUCAACAGCACGGUGCAUUAGCACAGAAGCAAGUCAAACAACAAACAAACAACCAUGUUUCUUUCAGCAUGUUUAUUUCGGAAAAAAAAAAAAAACCUUUUAAAGUAUGAAAAUAAAAGAAAGCCACUUUUUGUAGUAUUCAAUUUGUACCCUGCCACACAGUACAUACAAUGAAAGGGAACAUAACAUUUCAGGAAAAACAGUCACCAAAAAGUUAGGGCUUUACGCAGGUCUAUGCCUUGCAAAGACAGCCUGAAGAGAUAUAUUUGUACGUGCCAUCAC